CCAAGCGGAUAAUCAAUUUACCCYACAGCUGUUCAAAGAUUGAAAACGUUUAUGUUUAAGAAGCAUAUAUUAGAARGCUUAGUAUUUGUUGAGUGCCUUAUUAGAUCGCCACGUCACUGAAGCUAAUCAAAUACAAGUACGGAAGGUGAUCUUAUGGAUUAGGUUUCAUGGUUAUAGAGAUGAUCUCGAGUCGUUCAGAAGUUCGUUUGUGUUUGUGCCGAAGCAUGAAUACAGCAUAAAAAACUAUAGAGGAAGAAGACUUGAGUAUCCAAAACUUCAAAAACAAUGGAAAGAAAAAGAGCAAAACCAAAGAAUGAUAAAAUAGAGUAUACCCCUCUCUCWACUGUUGAGAUUGGUCUUUACUGGUCAAUAUGGAUGUCAAUUGUUGCAUUUUUGAUGUAUACACUUUAUACGGUAUCGAAUGAAUAUAAAGACGAUGUUUAUCCAGAAGACUUAGGUGAAGGCUGGAAGGUUAUUGGUCGCAAAAAGGAUGUUUCAGACAUGGAGUGGGAGUUCUGGCUAAAAUUUAAGUUCAUUUUGCUGGUUGCAUAUGGACUYAACUAUCUUGGAGGCCUAAUUAUAUCAAUUUUCUUCCCAAAGUUUAAGCUCAUCUAUUACCUGGUGUUUACCUUGGGUUUCCUGACUGCUGUCAUUGGCAUCCGUGCUGUGAUUUACCUUGUUUUACAYUGUCUUAUCAUGUACGUAUGUGCGCUGACGGGUUCUGUUUUACUGGUCUGGGGAGCAUCAUUAGCAAUWACCGCAUCUCUCCAUUUUGAGUCUAUUAGACUGUGGCAGUUCCAGUACUUGACAGACAAGUCAGAACUGAGCGACUUUACUUUGUUCGUUGCUUUAAUGUCGGUCCUGCGGUGUCUAAGCUUUUGCCUCGAUUACUGCUGGAGAGAAGAACAUAAAGAGAAGCAGUCAGUUUCGUACUCCUUUCUUGACCUUUUGUCGUUCAACUUUUACMUUCCUCUCUUCAACAACGGCCCACUUAUGACUUAUAACACUUUCCAUGUUCAGAUUCACCAACCGCGUCGAUCCUUCACAAAACAAGAAAUCCUCUCGAUUAUUUGGGACUCCAUUCGAACGUUCUUUUGGUUCGUUUUCCUUGAAGUCUACCUACACUUCAUCUAUUCUUCUGCCUUGAUCCGAGAGUCACCUGUUGCCCGUAACCUAUCUGGAUGGGCACUUUCUGCUAUCUUAUACUCCCAGUUGCAUAUAUUUCUUACUAAAUAUGUGGUGAUGUAUCGAUUUUCUGGUCUGCUUGCUCGUUUGGACGGCCUGGAUCCACCUAAAGCACCAAGAUGUGUGUCAACACUGUAUACUUUUACUGAUAUGUGGAGAUCUUUUGAUCGUGGGUUGAAUAUAUGGAUGAAAAGGUACAUAUAUAUUCCGAUGGGGGGAUCCCGUAGGGGGAUUUUUCGACAAUUCCUUGCUUCAUUUCUAGCAUUUGGUUACGUAUGGGCGUGGCAUGGUGCUAACUACGAYACUGUAUGGUGGUUUGUACCCAACUGGAUGGGUGUGGCCGUUGAGGGGUUKGUCUCGUCGGUUCGGAAUCAUCCCCGAGCUAUAUAUCUUCAGGGUCGUCUGUCGCCGCGCAUGCGUCGUAGAGUGCAUGCAAUGAUUUGCGUCAUUCCGUGUUCKUGUUUGAUUCUGAGUAAUAUGGUGUUUCUGAUUGGACCGCUGCCCGUUCUGUUUUACAUCCAUAAAAUAUUUUAUCAAGAUUUCCCUGUCUCAACGUUGGUCWGUCUGUCUUGUUUGUACUUAUCUGUUCAAACMAACAUAGACUUGAAUCACUACAAAGGCGGCCAAUGGUGAACCCGUCGCUCCGUAUUAGGCACUCGCWCGUGAUGUCAUCGCUCCAAAUAAGGGACGUUCACGUGACGUCACUGUUGAUUGUAAGAGAAGAAUACCUGAUAUCAGCCUAYCUCGUCACGGGGCGAGUCUCAUAGUUCCAUAAAAGGAAGUCAUCUCCAUAUGGGGGACUCGCGCGUGACGUAAUCACAUCAAGAUCUCACGUGACACUAGCUGUACUUAUGAGAACACAUGUUGUCAUCGCCCCAUAUAUGGAACAACUCAAUUUUAGUGGUUCUUCGUGCUUAGAGAAAAUGAAAGGCUCUGUGAAAGCACAGCAAAACACAUCAGCGAGAGAAGAGGCUCGAACUCUUUAUAGUAGGUAGAAAAAUAAAGAGAAAAAACGGAAAAUAUCAAAUGUUAAUAUGAGCACGCGUAUAGAAUGUUGGUCAAUAUUUAUGGUAACUAAGAAUAACGGACGUUAAAUACCACUAACAACAAAGAAGACGAGGCGAUGGGGUUGUGUAAAAAAUAUGGUUUAUUUGUGAAAAGCCCAACUUCUGUUGCGUCUUUUUACAAAGUUCUAUUAAAAUGAAAUUGCGUCUCAAA